CGAGGCGCCCUGGGACGCAGCGGGAGGGGGCGGCCCGCUGCCCGGGACGGAGGGCGCGGAGCGGGCAGAGGGGUCCUGGCGCGGGGGUCCCGGGCCCGGCUGCGGCGCUGCUUCGCGCCUGACCGUGCCCAGCCCCGCCGCUGUGACCUUGCUGUCCACCCUCAGCCAUCAGGAGCGGCACCUGCUCGGCCAGUCCCUCAGGCCAGCGCCAGCGUUGACGCAGAACACUGCGCAUGUCCGCAGCUCGCCGGCACCAUGAGGGUGACGUUCGCCAGCGCCGCGCUGGUCCUGGCCGUGGCCGCGUGGGCCACCGCCGCUGUGGACUUCCUGCUGCCCAUGGCGUCCACAGGGUCGCUCCUGAAGGACACGAAGGCGGAGUGCGCCCGGAAUAUAAAGAGGUGCUGGUUCCUCUCCUUCCUCAAGCCCAGCGAGCCCAUCUGUGCCAGUGACCAGGGCACCUACAGUGGCGAGUGCCACCUCUGCUCCAGAGUCCUAUAUGAAGGGUUGAACAUAACUAAACUGCAUGAUGGACCAUGUGGUGCUGGGCCCAAAGCGAGAACGCAGCCGGUGCCCUCACGCUCGCUGGACAGGGAGCGGCAGCAGGACUGGGACAAGUCAUCGGACACGAGAAAACAGCGGACGCUUCUCCUGCAGGAAACCGCCCGAACCUCGCAGGAAGAGCCCGAAAGUUCCCGGGUCCCGGGUCCCGAGGGCCAGGCGCAGCCUGCGUCUGCUCCACAAGAGGCGGCCGCUGGUGCUGGGGGCAACCGCGCGGAUCCGGCGCCGGGGUUUCUUCUUCAGUAAACUGUCUCAGCAGAAA